CGCAUUUGAAAAUAGGUCGAAAUAAAAUUUCGUGUGGACUCGAAAUAUCCUUCAUAUCUCAGCAAAAUCAUCUGUGAUACCCCUGAAUUUAAAAAUUUUCCGCAAUGGAAUUUGAGGAAUCGACGGUAGAAGUGACGACGAACGCGACGUCAUCUGCGUCGCAGUCGACUGACAGAGCAGUGAAAUCAGGUCCCGAAAUCGAGGCCUUCCCGACUCGUCAACCGCACAAUGUUGACCUAGCACCUGUUUUGUCCCUCUCCGCAUUCGCAGCUCUCAUAAUUCUGUCAGCUGUGUGGAAAUAUGUGGCUCGAUUGCGCCGGAAACGGAUGUUACUUCGGGCCGGAAACGAUCGAAAGGGUGGCUAUGUGGACGAUGAAGGCGGCGGGUUGCCGUUUGGCCUGGAAAGCAGUGCCAGUCGGUGUCGUGCCAUUUUGAUUGCUUCCUGUUCUUCUGACGAGGACGAUGUCCAAGCCGGACAUUACAACAGACGCGAGAUGCGAGAAACAGAUGCCAUCAAAUAUCUGAAUGUGCAACGAACCCCGAGUUUGCUCCGCGACUUGCAGCACGAAGACGAGAGACCAACGUUGUUGUUCGAAAGGAAAGGAAGCCGAAGCGGAGAUGAAGCCUUUUUUGCUUGUGCGUCUUGUAGAGAUCGGAAAUUGUGCAGAUUCUACAUGAAGGUUUCUGAGUGGAAUGAGCAGAAAGCGGACAAACUCGUGGUUCAUUGUCUCGAUAGGCUGAACAUUGAAUUCAAGGGUCUCACACCCAGGUCAGCUGUGGAACGUGUGAAGAGUUCUUUAGCCCUGGAGAAACUGGAAUUUGAUCCAGAGAACAACAGUUUUGGCGAGCGGGGAAUUUCCUUGAUUCUUGGAGGAUUUGAAGGAAAAGAUUCGGGACUCGUGGCUUGUUUAGAUUGCAAACGUGUGACGGUUCCUGGCGAAAAUAUUUCUCAACUUUGCCUGGACGAAGGCCAUGACCUCAGGACUGUGUCGCUUGGCAACGACGCUGAAAAAGAUUUCAACCUGGACCGAAGGACUAAUAACAAGAUGGAAUCUCAGUUCAUUUUUGAUUCGGAUACAAUUUCUGCGAUGUCUUGCGUUUUUCGAAAUGCUGCUUUCGAGAAUUUCAUUUGCGUCGGCUGCCCAUCGCUUCAUUUCCUACUUCGAAGUUCGGGGAAGAAUUCUCUGCUGAUGGACAUCGACGAACGUUUCCAUUUUUUGUGCGACUCGAAGACAUUCUGUCAUUUCAAUGCCGUGAAUGGUCACUUUUUCCACACGAAGCAUGUUUUUGAAGAUUGGAAAGAGACAAUUGGCGACGGGAGUGUUGCAAUUGUUGUGGACAUGCCUUUUGGAUCCAGAAUUGAUGCCCUGUCUCGGGUUUUAAUCAAGUUGCGAGACGACUUGGGUCGAAAAGACCGCAUUUUCUUUUUUGUAGUUUUUCCUUAUUUUAUGGAGAAGGCGCUUUUGGAGUGUAUGCCAGAAUUGGUGAUGAUGGACUUGGUUGUCAGCUAUGCCAAUCAUUCCAAGUUCAAAUCCGGCACGAAGCGAGGUUCACCAGUGCGAAUAUUCACCGAUUUCCCUGAAUUCAGUCUGAAGGGAAUCCCGAACUACAGAUGGAUGGACCGACGUAUGUUCACUGUCGUGAAUGCGAAAAGUGCAGAAAGCCGUCUUGGGUUCACUGCGAAGCCUGUUCAGUUUGCCACUUGA